GUGUCAUUACGCGCAUGCUCAUAUUAUCAUCAUGACAAAAUGGAAGGAGGGAAGUGUUCCUUUAUUUUUCUUUGCUUUCAUGUUAUUUCUUUUGGUGCUAUCUAUUUGGAGUAACUCGUCAGCAUGGAACAAACCAGCAUAUCUGCGUAUAACAUCAACCCAUCCAAAUGGUGUAAGCCUGAAAAAUUUUCUUUCGUGGUUAUUUUCUGGAACUAGCGGCAAUGGGAUUUAUGAGGAAAAAAUAUCGUCAUCAAACCUAACGAUUGUGACAGCUUACUGGAACAUCGGAACCUUCAGAAAGGGGUCAAGUGGUCUAUACACCAAAAAUACAUAUUUUUCCUGGACGAAAAGUUUCCAGUAUUUAAUGAAUCCUCUUGUAGUUUACACAGAUAGUAAAGAAUUCGGAGAUUUGAUGAAGAAACUGCGAUCUGAAGGAAAAUUGAAUUACCAAACAGAAAUUUUCUAUGGGGAAAGGAAGUCGUUUUGGCCCUUCGGGCUGGUGGACAGGAUACAGGGAGUAUAUAAACAGCCUGGGUAUCCAGCACACCAUCCCAACACUGUCAAUGCAUUGUAUGCUGCAGCACAGCAUGCAAAAUUUACAGUCGUAGCGGAUGCAGCGCGGAAGAAUAUAUACAACACACCGUACUACGCGUGGUUGGACGUUGGAUACUUUCGAGAUUUAGUCGGAAGCGAACAGUUUUUCGAAUUAAAAAUCCCGGAUGAUCAAGAUCCAGGACGGAUAUCAGUUAAUCUAAUAUUUCGUCGACAUAUGAAAAUUAAUCCACAUGAGAUAUUUCGACAUAACAUAGUGUGGGUAGGUGGUGGGAUGUUUAUAGGUACCAAAAAUAUUUUCAUCAAAUUCGAAGAAUUGUAUCAUAAAGCAUUGUUAUAUUUCCUAGAUCAGCACCUGAUGAAUUCUGAUCAGCAGGUGCUUUUUGCAAUGUAUUCAAAUCAGGGUAGAAAAGCACUUAAACCAAAGAUUGAACUUCAGUUAUAUACUCCGACAGGAAAUGGAAAUCCAUGGUUUUACCUAGGGUAUUUGUGCCGGGAAAUUGUGAAUAGAACAAACAUGAUUGAAUUUAUAUAAGCGGGGAAAAUCAAGAUGGCGCUCGAUAGGUAGGAGGUCGUUUUUUCGUGAGCACAAAGUUUGGAAAUUUACGACUAAAUAGUGAAUAUUAUGGCAGUGUACUUCUAAGUAAGUGAGAAACAAACAUUCUAACAUCUAAAAGGAGUCUUUACAUCGAGAAAAACUUGCAACCGUACUUUGAAUACAGGAUUAUUCCAAUUUCUGAGAUUCGUGAGUACUAUUUACGAUUUACAUCAGUGUAGUAGAGCGCCUUAAAAAAAUGUUUUUGUUGUUGAGCGUCUCCUUUGUCGAACUUUUAAAUUCAGGUGCGUUAUUAUGGCAAAUACCAGAAAAGGAUCGGAGAAAAAUAAAACAUUGUCCGAGAAAAGUGAUGAUACUGCUGGAUCAAGUGAUCAAACGUUGGCAGCCAUUAGGUCUGACUUACGGGAAAUUAAAGAAAACUUACAAAAAACAGUGAAAACAUGUGAUCUUGAAUCCAUGGUAACAAAUAUUGUAACAGGUCUCCUUAAAAGUUGUGAGAAAGAGGCAGAAAAACGUGAAACACAGUUAAAACAAAAAAUAGACAGGCUUACAACGGACGUUGAUAAACUAACGAUGGAAAACGAAACCCUACGGGAAAAAAUUUGUGAGGCAAAUAAAAAUAACAGGGAUCUACAAAAAGAAAUGAAUGAAGUCCGUGAUUUAGCGACAUUUUCCACAGUGAAAUCGAAUUACAAUGAACAGUACAGUCGAAAAAAUAACAUCAAAAUAUAUGGCAUCCCAGAAACAAAA